AUGGGGGAUAAAAGUGGCAUUUUCCGGUGUGCCGACGGUAUAGACAAGUUACUCAUGUUGUUUGGUACCUUGGGAAGUAUUGGAGAUGGGAUCAUGUCUCCACUUACAAUGCUGGUUCUAAGUGGCGCCAUCAAUGAUUAUGGAGGUGCUGACCUUUCUAUCUCCAAUCAUGUGGUGGACAAGUUUUCUCUGAGGUUGCUCUACGUUGCUAUUGGAGUGGGAGUUUCUGCUUUCAUUGAAGGAAUCUGUUGGACACGAACUGCAGAGAGGCAAACAUCUCGCAUGAGAAUGGAAUACUUGAAAUCAGUCCUCAGACAAGAAGUUGGUUUCUUCGACAACCAAGCUGCUUCCUCCACCACCUUUCGAGUUGUCUCAACCAUCUCCUCUGAUGCCCAUUUAAUCCAGGAUGUUAUAGCUGAGAAGAUACCAAACUGCCUGGCUAAUCUAUCAUCAAUCAUAUUCGGCCUCUUAGUUGCCUUCCUGCUUUCAUGGCGACUAGCGUUUGCUUCUCUUCCAUUUGCACUCGGGUAUCUUAUUCCUGGAGUAUUAUUUGGGAAGGUACUGAAGAACCUCGGGAUGAAAAUGAAGGAUGCUUAUGCGGUUGCAGGUGGGAUUGCAGAACAGGCAAUUUCGUCAAUUCGAACUGUUUAUUCAUACGUGGGGGACAUACAAACACUUGACAGGUUCACCAACGAACUUCAAAAGAGUAUGGACCUUGGCAUAAAGCAAGGUUUUACAAAAGGACUACUGAUAGGGAGCAUGGGAAUGGCCUUUGCAGCUUGGGCCUUUCAAUCGUGGGUUGGGAGCAUUCUUGUCACUGAGAAAGGAGAAAACGGUGCUCGUGUUUUUGUAUCCAGUAUCUGCAUCAUCCUGGGAGGACUGUAA